AUGGUUAAUAGUAUAGUUCUAGUAUUCAUGGACUGUGUGGAGAGCAAGGCGAGGGUUUGUUUCUUCGGUCAACCACCGGAGCUGGAUGCAGCAGACAUGCACCAAUGGAUGGCACAGUUCAUGGAGUUAGUACGGAAAGGAUGCCCAAGACAAUGCGGUGAUACUGCGAAGGCAGAUAGUUGUCAGCGACUGGGUCUAGAAGACGGCACCAUUCCCGAUGAGCGUAUCCGAUCAUCAAGAGAAAAACUCUGGACUAAUGCUUUUCAGGCACGACUGAAUGGCCCGUCGUUUUGGAGUGACUCAUACUGCCCGCUCUGUUGGAUUGAGGUGGAUCUCCUCCAAACGACUAGGGUUUCUGGCGUCAUCACACAAGGAAAUGAAUUCUCCUGGACCACAUAUCUUGUGACAGAAUUUAAGGUGUCCUACAAGCCCACACCUUUAUCUGGCUACGAGUACAUCAAGGAAAACAAUGGUGAUAUCAAGUUGUUUGAUGGCGGAGAUAUCGACUCUGCUUCUACCCCACACACUAAUUACUUCAACCAGGCCAUCAUGGCGUCUGUUAUUCGCAUUUACCCUACUCGUCGCAUCGUUAGAUACGCGCUUCGGUUUGAGUUGAUUCAAUGUCCGAUGGAUUAA